CUCCCGCAGGUGGAGUGACUCAGAAGCAAUCAAGAUGUUAGUGAAUCUGUUCUGUGCAGCAGCAGAGAGAGAACAGCAGACAGGAGAGAAGAUACUGGAGCUGUUAUCAUCAGUGUGCACAUACAAAACAUUCCCUCUCCCUCACUGGGAUUAUUAUGAUGAUGAUGAUGAUGAUGAUGAUCAGUGUAGUGUCCUGCUGGAUCUGUACUCCCGCCUGAAGGACCAUGAGACUGAAACAGGUCUGAGUGUCCUUCCAUCAUUACACUCAGUUCUCCAGUCAGCUCCUGCAGUCUGGUCCAUAGACCUCUCAGAGAGAAAGACCUCCAUCCUCCUGGAAGUAUUGAAACUCCAACCAGAGAAGAAACAAGUGGAGCUGACAGGCUGCUCAGGUGAAGAGAGUGAAGUGAGGAGUGUCCUACAGUGUCUGCCUUAUAUCUCACAGCUCAGUUUCAGGCCUCAGUCAUCAAAACCUUCAGAAGAAAUCAAGAUGUUAGUGAAUCUGUUCUGUGCAGCAGCAGAGAGAGAACAGCAGACAGGAGAGAAGAUACUGGAGCUGUUAUCAUCAGUGUGCACAUACAAAACAUUCCCUCUCCCUCACUGGGAUUAUAAUAAUGAUUAUGAUGAUGAUGAUGAUCAGUGUAGUGUCCUGCUGGAUCUGUACUCCCGCCUGAAGGACCAUGAGACUGAAACAGGUCUGAGUGUUCUUCCAUCAUUACACUCAGUUCUCCAGUCAGUUCCUGCAGUCUGGUCCAUAGACCUCUCAGAGACAAAGACCUCCAUCCUCCUGGAAGUGUUGAAACUCCAACCAGAGAAGAAACAAGUGAAGCUGAGAGGCUGCUCACAUGAAGAGAGUGAAGUGAGGAGUGUCCUACAGUGUCUGCCUUAUAUCUCACAGCUCAGUUGCGAUCCAGAGUUCUUCCAGAGAGUGUGUACAUUCCUGUCUGUCCGAUCCAGAGCGGAGGCUGAGCAGUUGUCCUCUCUGCUGCAGCUGCUGGGGUUCACCCUGCGGUUAACAGGAGACUUACCCAGGAAAACCUGCCGGUCUGUGGGGAGAGUUCUCCGAGUCUGUGGCUCUAAAGUGGAUCUCACCCUCACACCCAGAAAGAUGUCUGUCAGAGGAGCCUCCCUCCUCUUUAGACGCACAACACAUCUUCACAGUCUGAGGCUUUCCAUCGACAUGGCCUUGCUACUGUGUGGAUGGGUAAGAAGACGGAGAGUGGCCUGUCCGGUGACUAUUGAAGAGCUAUCUCUCUGCCCUCAGACAGCCCUUCCAUCACAAAGAGAGAGGAGGGUUGGCAGUAGUUUGGCCUCCCUGCUGAGAUACUGGCCAGUCAGACGGUUAGAGCUGACUGAGCUCUGUGUUCCUGCUCUGGCUCUCAUUCCACUGCUGCUUCAUGAUGGCCGUCUAAAACUCACACUGAGUGAGAAGACUUUCCAGCAGCUCCUCUCCCUCCUCUAUGAAAACCAGGAUGAGGACUUGACCUGGUGCUUCUUCAGUAAGGUUGGGGGAGACCUGACCUCCUGCAGUCUGAACUGGGAGCUUCUUCACUAUCUGCUGCAGCAGCCUUCAGCUCAGACCAUCACUGUUAACAUGAGGAAGAACCGCUUCUUACAGGAGAGCAUCACACGUCUGCUUCCCUUUCUGGAUAGGAUUGUCUUUAAAAUGCCCAGUCCCAGCUUUGUGUUGACUGCCAUCAGAGAGAUUUAUAAAGCUGGAGCCAGUCCCCUUAUACCCUGUUUACUGAGGUCAUUGGAUCAUGUGAUCAGCCUGACCUGCAAAGAGAUGGACUCGGUGCACUGUGCUGCUCUGCACUUCACCCUCACACACAGUGACAGAGUGAAGCUGAACCUCCUGUGGACCUCCAUACCAGCAGGGGAGAUAGAGUCCCUCGUCUCUAUGCUGGACAAAGUUUCUCAACUCAGUGUUGACAGGAAUCUGCUGCUGAGGUUGGUCCACUGCUGUGCUGCCUCUGACGCCCAGCAGGGGGCAGCAGUGGGUCUGCUCAGGGCUGUGCAGCACAGGCUGGACGUGUCCUGCUCCUCCUGUGUGGAGCUGUCAGAGGAGCAUCACACAGAGACUCUCAGUCUGACUGCUGAUGACUGCAGGGCCAUCUCCACCAUCCUGGGACGCAGCAGCCGGGACACACAGCUCCUCAUGCAGGACUGUGAGGUGGAGGACAGUGGACUGGACCUGCUGUUUCCUGUCCUGGACAGAGUCCGCCUCAGAGCCAGUAAAGCUGUCCUCCUCCAGCUGUUGUCCCUGGUUCCUGUGAACAGUGAGAGGGACACAGUGAGACGGGCAGUGUCCCUCUGUAGAGCCCUGGGUGGAGAGCUGGACCUCAGUCACAGCACUCUGGAUCAGCGGUCCUGUGGAGCUUUGGUCCUGAUGCUGGACUCCUCUGAAGAGCUGACAGAGCUGGACCUCAGUCACUGUCAGCUCACUGACCAGCUGCUGCUCACACUCUGCACACAGCUGCACAAAGUACAAGUCCUGGAUCUGAGUCACAACAACAUCACUGAUGCUUCAACCGACACGUUACUGCAGCUGGUCUCCCUCAACCCCUCCAUUCACACUGUGCGACUCUUCCGGAACAACAUUGUGGACAGAUCAUCCUUCAACAAAGACAAGCAGUUUGAAAUAUGGUGAAGUGUCGUCAGCGUGGCGGUAAUGUGCCGAUCGGUACUAAUACUGUGUUUGAGGUAUCCUGGGUAUAUGGAAGCCAAGAGCAGAGUGUGAUAGUAACUACCUGGAGAUCAGGACUUCUCUCUUGUUCUGGAGGUACUGUAGAUUAUUCUGUCAUGGUGCUCAUAUUCAUGAUCAUUCUCCCGACAUCACAUUGUUCUCUUGGCCUCGUGAUUCAAUUCAUUCUGGCAAAACAAACAGAAGCCAGAACCGUUUACAUUGUUGUUCUUUUGAGAACUGUAUUCUGGGACGAAUCUUUAGUUAAAGAACAAUGACUACAAUGAUUCCUCAAGUCAUGAUGUCAUAAAGAAACAUGGAGAUGACAGUGAAUCAUUUUAACGUUGUGAAUGUGCGGACAUACAAUGUAAGUGACAUUUUAAAGAGAUGCUUUUCUCUGCUCGUUCUCUUUCCCACAUUAAAAUCCUUCUUUCACUAUAAACUGCAGCUUCUGGCUGUAAGUGAAGUUCUGUGUGAAGCAGUUACCAGCUGAGACUUUGUGCCACGACUCCGACACGAGUUCAUAUAUUCUGCAAAGAAUUAUUAUUGUGAAAUGUACGACUGUAAACAUUUGAAAUGUGUUGCAUUAUAUUCAAUGCAUCAUUUUGAGUUGCAGUCAUUACAAUCAUGUUAUGGAGAAUUAAAAACACUCGUCUUUAGAAACAGAAA